AUGCCACAGGGCCAGCUCAUUAGGCAGGAAACAGAGACGCCACAACCCUGGUCUUGGGUGUUGGACCAUCUAUGCAUCAGACAGUUCUUAUCGGGACAUUCAAGGAACACCCGGGGCACACGCCAGCAGAAUCGCCUGUUCACACUCGAGGAGGUCCGAGACGUCGAGCUGAAAAUUCAGAGGGAAGCGUCGGCGAAGCAACGCCUGGAGACCAAACUGGAGAACGCUUCUCCGGCCUCGAUACCAAAGUUGCAGCGAGCAAUUGGCCACCACAACCACGUCAUCGAGCAGUUGAUCUACAAGCUCGACAAUAAGGCCAAUCACAUGCAAAUCGAGGAAGAGGCGUUGAGACGCAGGCCUGUUACGUUGCAGCUCACAGCGCAGCCGGAAACUGUCGAGAUCGCUUGGCCACGCAGACUGGACAGCCUUUUCGCCCCAGUCACUCCAGCCGCCCAGCCACCUCAGUGGCUUAGCUUGAGGUCGGCGUGA